GUGUACGUAUAGUUAGGAAUAAGAAUUUAGUAACACGUCAUAUUUUGCGAAACAGUGACGAGUUUGUGACGUUGUUGCUAACUUGCAAAUUUUUUCAAAUUGUUUGAUCAUACAGUAAUUCUAAUCAUUCAGUUGUGAAAUAAUAUUGCUUCAACCAAACUAACGGUAUAAUAAUCGUUAUUGAUCAAAUAUUUCGUGUAGUAAACGUUAAUUGAAAAAUGUCUUUCGUCUCCCCUAUGCCCAGUCAACAAUUUCUUUGGGAUGUUUUUCAAAGAGUCGAUAAAGAUAGAUCUGGCGCAAUUACUGCAGACGAAUUACAGCAAGCUUUGUCUAAUGGUACAUGGACACCAUUUAAUCCAGAAACUGUUCGUUUAAUGAUUGGUAUGUUUGACAUUGACAAAAAUGAUCCUGCUUCUCCAGGUAUGUUUGAUAAAAAUCAAACAGGAACAGUUAGUUUUGAGGAAUUUGGAGCUUUAUGGAAGUACGUAACAGAUUGGCAGAAUUGUUUUCGGUCAUUUGAUCGAGAUAACAGUGGAAAUAUUGAUAGAAAUGAACUAAAAACAGCACUUACAAAUUUUGGAUACCGGUUGUCGGAACAUAUUAUAGACACCCUCAUACGUAAAUAUGAUAGAGCUGGUCGUGGAACUAUAUAUUUUGAUGAUUUCAUUCAAUGUUGUGUAGUUUUAUAUACUUUAACCUCUGCCUUUAGACAAUUGGACACAGAUUUAGAUGGUGUAAUUACAAUUCAUUAUGAACAAUUUUUGGGCAUGGUAUUCAAUCUUAAAAUAUAAGGCACUUCUCAAUUCAUUGCUUUCACUUCUGCCUGUGCUAAAGCUAAAUUAUUUAUAGCAUACAGAUUACACAAAUCUAUUGAUGCCAAACUUAAAUUUAAGAUUCAUUUUGCUUGUAUAUUCACGUUUUACAAUUACAAAACUGUAAGAAUUUAAUGAAAUGUUGCAAUGAAUGAUAAUGUGUCCAAACAUUAAGAUAUAUUUUGAGAACAUUCCCAGUGAUUGUAUACAUGUAACUUAAGCUUGACAGCAAUGAACGUGCAGUUAUUUAUGCCGGUUUAUUGUUAAACACAGACAAAAUUUUAUAUAUGUUGCUUAAUGAUUUAUCACACAGUUCACGAAGGAGAGAAUAUUGAAUGUUGUUGAAUGUAAGGGUAAUCUGUUGUUGAAUGUAAGCAAAUCUGUUAAACAACAGUCUUUAAAUACUAAAUGAAGAAUUCUUUGUACAAUAAUUCUAGUAUAUAUUAAAUCCAGUAAAUCAUAUACUUCUUUUAAUGUAACGAAAACAUGUCAAUUAUAAGUGUGUUAAAGAACAACAUUAAUGUUAUUUUAGUAUUCUUCAACGAUUUAAUACAUGUUACAUUUCCAUCCUACUAUGGUUUCUUCGUUCUAAAAAAUAAUAGUAGAUCAUAAGCUCGAAGAAAGAUUUAGAAAUAUCAAAUUACUUUACUGUGCUUUCUUGUAGUAUGAUUGUAGGUACUACAUUUAUUUAUACACAGAAUCUAUAUUUCUGUACAUUUUUACUAUUCAUUUAUACUGUAUUUGUAUUGUACUUUAUGUGUACCAAAAAAUAUAUUCAAAUCAACUUCUAACUUUAA